GUAUAUCAGCGAAUACACGUGGUUUUGGAUAUACGAACCCAAAGCCAACUUUUGCUUCUGGAUUUGCAAAUCCACCAUCAACUACUUCUGGGUUUACAAAUACAAAUCCAGCUUUUACUUCUAGAUUUACAAAUCCACCAUCAAACGUUACUUCUGGUUUCGCAAAUUCACAAUCAACCUUUACUCCUUGGUCUACAAAUACAAAUCCAGCUUUUACUUCUGGGUCUAUAAAUACAAAUCCAGCUUUUACUUCUGGGUCUACAAAUACAAAUCCAGCUUUUGCUUCUAUAUUUACAAAUCCACAAUCAAACGUUACUUCUGUGUUUACAAAUACAAAUCCAGCAUUUACUUCUAUAUUUACAAAUCCACAAUCAAACGUUACUUCUGGUUUCGCAAAUUCACAAUCAGCCUUUAAAAAUUCACCUCCAUUAUCAACACCAACUUUUAUUCCUGGGUCUAAAAAUCCUUCUCCGUUUUCAAUACCAAAUUUUACCUCUGGAAUUUCAUCACCAGACUAUACUUCUAAAUUAAAAAAGCCAAUACCAACCUCAACACCAUUCUUAUCUAAAGAUUCACAAUCUUCAAUACCAAUUUCUACUUCUGAAUCCAAUAAUGCAACAUCAAACUUUCGAUUACCAAUUUACCAACAUGACAAUAUUUCACAAGACUCUCAAGAAGUUAAUAAG